ACACCGAUACCGUUGUCAAGCGAAAAUGUUAUAUUAUUUAAUCAAGUUCAUAAAGCUUUUCUGGGCCAAGCCAUUUCAGCUGUCGGCACACUACGCGAAACUGAAGAGGGAGCGAGGGAAUGAUCGCGUCGGGCAGAAAGUGAAUCAGAUCGCCUUCAUUUCGUUUCAGUACUUCCGGAACUGUUUUGUGAUGCAUCAGAUGCCAAGCUCAAAAUGCGAUGAAAUCAAUUGCAUUUGGAAGCAACUGGAACGCAUAAUCGUGCACAUGGAUCGGGCGAAGUAUACCAUUGACAUUGCCAUCUAUGUCAUGGAUUCGUUUGCCAUUGGCUCGGCGCUACGUCGCGCCACUGAGCGGGGAGUACGAGUCCGCUUGAUUUGUUUCAAGAACUAUCAAUCAUUGAAAACCAAAUACGGAGAUUGCAUAUCGCUACGCAGACUAACGCCGGUGAUAAAACAACCAAGGGAGAUGACAAUGCAUCACAAAUUCUGCAUCAUCGAUGGCUACAUUGCGAAGCGUUCGAUUCUUGUUGACAAAACUUCGGCAUUAACCGUAUGCAUGACCGGCUCCAUGAACUGGAUAUCGCUGCCCAGAAGCUGUGAUGAUUUCCUCAUUACCAGCGCGCCCAGGAUAGCCAAGCGACUGGAAUUGGAAUUCGAACGCAUUUGGAAGCUAUGUAAGGGCUUAUAGAGAAACAAAUAAUAUGCAAAGCAUUU